GGCGGCUGCUCGGCCUCCGAAGCGCCCAGCGGGCCCCGGCCGCGUGAUGACUCCCCUGAGCCCCGCGGGGGUCCUCUGCCUGCUGCCCCUGCUCGGUCUCAUUGAUUGUGAAGCCCAGCCCAAAAAUGAGGAUAUAUAUGGAGGCAUGAAUCAGAAUGUAACUUUCAGUACAGGAAAACCUGUGACCUCUAAAGAUAUCCUGUGGAAAAAAGGCAAGAAUAAAGUCAUCGAAUGGGAGGAGAACCUUUACCCGGAGCCCAGAUCUUUCCCGCCCUUUAUAAACAGGACUCAUUUAGACACCCACACCGGGAACCUCACCAUCUUCAAUGUCACGUCGUCAGACGAGGAUGAGUAUGAAGUGGAAUACGGCGGUGUUAAGGGCAACACCAAGUUUACUCUAAAAGUGGUUGCACCUCUUCCACGUCUGACACUAAAUUGUACACUGACUGAUGAAGACAUUAUAAUCUGGUGCGAAUUCACGGAGCCUUACUACACUCAUGAAAGCUUGGUAAACUACACGUGGCAGUGCACUGAAGCCCAGUGCGAAAGCAGUACACUACCACGUAUGCUACGUUUGAAGAAGAAUAAUCUCCCAAAGAAAAUAACCUGUGUCGCUACGAAUCCAAAGUUUGAAGAGACAUUACUGGUUGUCCCCUCAACCUGUUUACCAGCACAUUCAAGAGACAGGUGGCCUCUGGGUCUAUCUAUGCUAGUACCGCUACUACUUGCAGGUUAUUAUGCAGAUGUAAAGAAAAUUUGGACAACAGUCCUUGGAACCCCGAGCAGCAGGUCCACUGAUAACAGCGAAUUAAAUGAAAUGUCUAAAAGUUAAUUUAUUCUGUGUAUGAUAGAAGUAUUACAGCAUCCUGAAAGAAAGCUGAAGCCUUAAAGGAGAUGUCAACAGCACAAUAUGGACAUCUCUAUUACUACAUUUAAGAUAGCCAAAGUGACUUGUAGGAUAAGGUGAAAGUAUCAGGCUUUUCUGCCCUCCUGCCAUCAGGAUAGAUGACGGAACCCUGUGGUCCUGAAUGCAUGCCUUAUGGCGGGCACCUGGAGUAGGGUAUGGGCAUAGGUAGAUGGGAUUCACCUGGGCUAAGACUGGACUUUUAAGGGCAGCAUCACAGGGACGCCAGCAGAAGCCAAGAGAAGAGAAGCAGAGAAGCUGAAUAGAAGCCGAGAGAGCGAACACCGGAGAGCCCAGAUAGAGCGAAGACUUGCUGGGGGCCAGGAAGCAGUCAAUAGCCUCCCGGCCCCCCAGCACCCCUGCCUGCUGUGUACCUGGAAAAUCCCAAUAAAAGCCUGCAAAGCCACUGAGGACUCUGACUCCUGCUUUACCCCGUCUGCUGGAUCAGAAAACCUGCACUGUGCCCAUUCCUGACUUUACAGUUGGCGUAAGUUGCCACGAUGAUCCAUGCAGAUGGGUAUGGAGCCCUCUGAAGACCUGGAGGGACUAAGUGUAACAGGGUGGUCCCCAGGAAAGGGGGGGGUUCUAGGUUUCCUGCCCCACCCAAAAGGAGGAUGGAGCUGAGCAGAGAGAAGAAGCUGCAGAGGAGACUGAGGAAAGAAGGAAGCAGGAUGGAGCCAGGAGGAGCCCUCGAAGAGGCACAUGGAGUGGAGAGACAUGUGAAGAAACCGCUUGCCUUUUGGUCAUGGACUGGGUGACACAGGCAUGGGUGAGACCCGUGGGGAGGUGACAAUGGCGGUUUUUGUCUCUAUUUUGAUUUUGCUCUUUUCCUUCCAGACUUGUCUGGUGGUUUCUGAUCCUUUUCUGUGGGUCCCCACUGGAAGAUGCUUUAGACUUGUGGCGGGAUUUGGGGCCCCACUCUGGGCCAAUCCUGCUUGGGUAGACUUGUACCCACGAGGGGACGGGUCACUUUGGGUGCUUCAUUUAGAAACUAGACUCUUUGCCUUUCCUGUAUUGUUUCCUAGUUGUAUUAAAGUUCCUUCCCAUUAAAGUCUCAUAUGUUUUGUGUUGAUGCGGCAGAUGGCAGAACCCAUUUAAAGCAGGCAGGUUUUAGGGGAUCUGGGAUGCACCUCUCCCUGCCCUGAAACAUAAGGAGUAACAGACUGUGUUUGCCUGUGACAAUGCUGGCGUCAUGGCAGCACAGGAGAUGGACAAGAUCUGGGAGCUACAGGAUGAGACCUUGCAUGAAGGAGACAGCCCGAGAGGACCAGCCAAAGACCCCUGAGGCAGCAGAAUCAUCGGGGAAAGAAAGGACCAAGAUUCGGAGCUCACCAGUACUGAUGCAAGGAGGGGCCUGAUGGCCUUGGACUAAGGGAGUUGGACUGACAAUCCCUCCAGAAGGCGGAGGACCUUGCAGGCUGAUAUGUUUUGGUGCACCCCUGCCUGCUGCUGUACCGGGUAAAUCCCAAUAAAAGCCUGCAAAGCCACUGAGGACUGACUCCUCCUUUACCCGGUCUGCUGGAUCAGAAAACCUGCUCAGUGUCCUGUCCUGCCCUUUACAAACUACAUGUAAAUAAAAUAUGUAAAUAUAUAAUAUGUAAAUAUGUAAGUAUGUGGCUAUUUUUUCCUGUUAAAUUAGAAAACUAAAAUAGUCACAGACUUUAGACUGUGAAGACUUUUACUGGGAGCCAGGCUACUCAUGUCGAAUUGUUAGGGGGAAAGGAUGUGCUGAGCUCAUUCCACGCAGGGUUUGUGGACGCCACCCACACUCCAGACCAAAGCCAUCAGGACAUUGGGAAAGACAAAUCCCGUCACCACCAAAGGGAGGGUGGCUGGCACCUGAGAGUGGGGUUAAGCAGCCAGGUUGGGUAUAAAAACCAGACACGUGGGCCUUGGGGUCUCUCGCUCUGUCGCUCGCCUCCUGGCUUCAGGGCUCCUGGCUGGCGGCCAGCUCUCAGAGCGCCAUUUGGGAUUCCAGGUCUGCGGAUCAGGUAGGACGCAUUUAAGACUUUAUCUCCCACUUUUCUCCCUGAGCUGUACAUUUCCUCAUUUCCCCUGCCCUUGUCCAUAAACCUUUUAUGAACCUUUCGCGUGUGCCUGCAGUGGAGUAUUAGUAAAUCCUUUUAAGCGCGC